AGUGGUUUCUUGUUCGUGGCGGCCGAGGGAGGUUGGUUGUUCCUCGAAUUGAUAAGUCUCUCUCGGGCUUGGUUGUUGGGUCCAAGUCCAAAGCAGCUCAACCGGACGGCGGCGGCGGCGGCGGAGACUCCGAGGAACCCGUCCGAGAUGAAGGCGACGGUGAAGGGGCGGUACGAGGGCGACAAGGCCACGGCGGCCGCCACGCUCGCCCUCUCCGCCGCCGGUGACCUCCGCCUCCGCGCCUCCGCCACCGACGCCGCCUUCGCCGCCGGCCCCUCCCUCGACGGCCUCACCCUCACCCUCGAGAAGCCCGGCUCCUUCCUCCUCGACCUCAAGCCCAACAACCAGGAUGUGCGCUUCCAGUUCAUGAACUCCGCGGUGGUGCUCGACAAGAAGGUCAGCCUCACAUACACCCACUCCACCUCGCUCGCCCCCAAGCCCGCCGCCAUCCCCGCCCCGGCCACCUCCCCCUCCGCCGCGCCGCCGCCCGCACCCAAGGCCGCCGCUCCUCCAAACCGCACGGCGCUCGACCUCUCCAUCGCGUUCGACCCGGCCAACAAGGUGAGCGUCUCCCACGCGCUCGGCUCGGGCGGGUGCCGGGUCAAGUACUCCUACGCGCACGGCGCCGGCCGGCUCACCACCCUCGAGCCCACCUUCGACACCGCCAAGAACGCCUGGGAGUUCGCCGUCGCCAGGAGGUUCGACGGCGGGGACGCCGUCAGGGGCACCUACCAGGCCUCCACCAAGCAGCUCGGCCUCGAGUGGACCAGGAGCUCCAGCAUCGGUGGAUCCUUCAAGGUAGCAACAACAUUCGAUCUGUCUGAUCAAAGCAAAGCACCAAAGCUUGUAGCGGAGAGCACAUGGAACUACGAGAUCUGAUCAGUCUCUGCCUUCCAGUAAGCAAAGGCAUGCAGGAGCUCCUGCUUAAAGAUUGCCCUUGUCAUCAUACUGUCUAGUGUGCCCCAUACAACAAAACUACCCCCUUUUGGGCUCACCAUUAUUCAGCUACCGAAACUGUAAUCCAUUUUUGCUUGUCUGUCAUUGUUGCUUGGAAUCGAGGUUGACAAUGUUAUCUUGUGUCAAAAUAUCCAUUGAGUUCUUGCUGUUUGUA